AAUUCUCCCGAAGGCAUUGCUCGACUAUACAUUAUCGCCAAGCAAAAAGCUGAAGAGAGUAAAGCGACGACAGCACCACCAGCGCCGGCUGCCGCUGCCGCUGAUCCGUCGGCGGACCCAGCCACGAAGCUGUCGGCUGGCGAUGAACUUCCGCCGGUCAUUGACGGACCUACGAAACCGCCUUUCAACGACACCACUCCUUUUAAUGGUAUUGAUGUCAGUGAAGUAAUGGAACUACGUAUCGUGAAACCGCUCUGUGACUACUGA